CCAUCCAACACUCAAUUCUAUGGCUUCAAUUCAGCCAUAGCUCAACUUAAACUUUCCUAACUCAACUUUUCUUCACCAAAUUUCAAAUCUUUUUUCCCUUCCACACAAGAUCCUUUUCCGACUUCCUUCAAACCCUAUAAACAUCUAGAAAUCACAGUAAUCAAGCAGCUCCAGAAUUCCGAUGGCGUCGCCAUUAACUAACCCUCUCCUCUCCUCCAAUUUCUUCGGCAACCAAAUCUUCAUCUCCGCCCCCACUCCCAAAACAGUCCCACGGAAAUUCGUCAUCCCAAAAUCAAUCCUCGGCGGAAACAAGCCCAACAAAUCGAGUAAUCUCACAAAUCAAGCUGCCGUCGCAGCUAUUCUCUUCUCCUCCCUCACCCCCCACGCGCUGGCGCUGGAUGUCUCCCCGCCGCCUGCUCCCGCGCCGCAGGUGAUUGAGGUCGAGAAGCCCGGCCCGUCCUCGCCAUUCGCCCAAAAUUUGAUCUUGAACGCGCCCAAGCCGCAGGCCCAGCAGCCCGCCUCCGACCUCCCCGAAGGCUCCCAGUGGCGCUACAGCGAGUUUUUGAAUGCGGUGAAGAAGGGGAAGGUGGAGAGGGUUAGGUUUAGCAAAGACGGAAGCGCCCUUCAGCUCACCGCCGUCGAUGGCCGGAGGGCCGGCGUUAUUGUGCCCAACGAUCCCGAUUUGAUCGACAUUUUGGCGAUGAACGGCGUCGAUAUCUCCGUUUCCGAGGGCGAUUCCGGAAAUGGGCUUUUCAAUUUCAUAGGGAAUUUGUUGUUUCCAGUGAUUGCAUUUGCAGGGCUUUUCUUUCUGUUCAGACGGGCCCAGGGCGGGCCCGGCGGGCCUGGGGGGCUCGGCGGGCCGAUGGAUUUCGGGCGGUCGAAGUCCAAGUUCCAGGAGGUUCCUGAAACUGGUGUGACAUUUGCUGAUGUUGCAGGGGCUGAUCAAGCCAAAUUGGAGCUGCAGGAAGUGGUUGAUUUCUUGAAAAACCCGGAUAAAUACACUGCUUUGGGUGCGAAGAUCCCGAAAGGCUGCCUUUUGGUGGGCCCGCCCGGCACGGGCAAGACCCUCCUGGCAAGGGCGGUGGCUGGGGAGGCUGGGGUGCCGUUCUUCUCGUGCGCUGCUUCGGAGUUUGUGGAGCUGUUUGUGGGUGUGGGAGCUUCGAGGGUUAGGGAUUUGUUCGAGAAGGCGAAGAGCAAAGCGCCUUGCAUUGUGUUCAUCGAUGAGAUUGAUGCUGUCGGGAGGCAGAGAGGGGCGGGGCUUGGUGGUGGAAACGAUGAGAGAGAGCAGACUAUUAAUCAGCUCUUGACAGAAAUGGAUGGAUUCACUGGUAAUUCUGGUGUUAUAGUGCUGGCUGCGACGAAUAGGCCGGAUGUUCUUGAUUCGGCCUUGUUGAGGCCCGGGAGGUUUGAUCGACAGGUCACUGUGGACAGACCUGAUGUUGCUGGGAGAGUCAAGAUUCUUCAGGUGCAUUCCAGAGGAAAGGCGCUCGCGAAGGAUGUGGACUUCGACAAGAUUGCCAGGAGGACACCGGGUUUCACUGGAGCCGAUUUGCAGAACUUAAUGAACGAAGCAGCCAUUCUUGCAGCACGCCGUGACCUCAAGGAGAUAAGCAAGGACGAGAUAUCAGACGCCCUGGAGAGAAUAAUUGCUGGACCCGAGAAGAAGAAUGCUGUCGUCUCUGAGGAAAAGAAAAGGCUGGUGGCUUAUCAUGAGGCUGGGCAUGCUUUGGUUGGUGCACUGAUGCCAGAAUACGAUCCGGUCGCCAAGAUCUCCAUCAUUCCUCGUGGCCAAGCUGGCGGGCUUACCUUCUUUGCUCCGAGUGAGGAGAGACUUGAAUCGGGGUUGUACAGUCGAAGCUACCUAGAAAAUCAGAUGGCAGUUGCUUUGGGAGGAAGAAUUGCAGAAGAGGUUAUCUUUGGACAAGACAACGUAACAACUGGGGCAUCGAACGACUUCAUGCAAGUCUCUAGGGUCGCAAGGCAAAUGGUUGAGCGAUUCGGGUUCAGCAAAAAGAUCGGACAAAUAGCCAUUGGGGGACCCGGUGGAAACCCCUUCCUCGGACAGCAGAUGUCGACCCAGAAAGACUACUCGAUGGCGACUGCGGAUGUGGUGGAUGCGGAAGUGAGGGAGCUCGUGGACAGAGCGUACGUACGGGCAAAGCAGAUAAUCACGACCCACAUCGACAUCCUCCACAAGCUCGCGCAGUUGCUGAUGGAGAAGGAGACUGUGGAUGGGGAGGAGUUCAUGAGCCUUUUCAUUGAUGGAAAGGCUGAGCUGUUUGUGGCAUGAUUUGGUGUUGGGAUUUGAGAUUUGUAUAUUUAGGGAAGACAUACCAGUUGUAAAAUCAUACUAGUACUUACAUAUUUGAGCAAGAAACAUUUACACUUCCA